AUGAAGAAGAGGAGGAGGAGGAGGAGGAAGAAGAAAGAGGCCUCCAAGUCGCGGACGGUGCGCUCCAGCCUGCUGCCGCCCAGGCCUGAUGGGGGCGAUUGCAGGCCUCCAGCUGACAACCGGCUGGAGACCACCAAGUACACUGCCCUGUCCUUCUUGCCCAAGAACCUCUUUGAGCAGUUCCACCGCCUGGCCAAUGUGUACUUCGUGUUCAUUGCUUUGCUCAACUUCGUGCCCGCUGUCAACGCCUUCCAGCCGGAGCUGGCCUUGGCCCCCGUGCUCUUCAUCUUGGCGGUCACCGCUGUCAAGGACCUGUGGGAGGACUACAGCCGGUACCGCUCGGACCAAGAGAUCAACCACAUGGAGUGUCUGGUUUACUGCAGGAAUGAAAAGAAAUACACCACCAGAUUCUGGAAAGAAAUCCAGGUCGGAGACUUUGUUCAGCUACGGUGUAAUGAAAUCAUACCUGCUGAUGUAUUGCUGCUUUCUUCAAGUGACCCGGAUGGUCUGUGUCACAUAGAAACUGCUAACCUGGAUGGAGAGACCAACUUGAAACAAAGACAAGUUGUGAAAGGAUUUUUAGAGCUGGACUCUGAAUUUGACCCAUUAAAGUUUACUAGUACUAUCGAAUGCGAGGAGCCAAAUAAUGACUUAAGUAGGUUUCGAGGCUUCAUCGUCCAUACAGGUGGGAAGAAGGUUGCACUGUAUAAAGAUAAUCUUCUAUUACGAGGAUGUACUAUUAGAAAUACAGAAGAAGUCUCAGGGAUAGUCAUCUAUGCAGGGCAUGAGACGAAAGCCUUAUUAAAUAACAAUGGACCACGUUAUAAACGCAGUAAGCUUGAAAGACAAAUGAAUGUUGAUGUCCUUUGGUGUGUCCUCAUACUUAUCGUGAUGUGUCUGUUUUCAGCUGUUGGUCAUGGAAUCUGGGUCUGGCAGUAUGAUGACAAGAGGAAGCCUGUUUUUGAUGUCCCAGGUCCUGAUGGAAAUUAUUUGUCUCCAGUUGUAGCUGCAGUUUAUUUAUUUUUGACGAUGAUCAUAGUUUUUCAGGUUCUGAUUCCAGUUUCCUUGUAUGUCUCCAUUGAAAUUGUUAAAAUAUGCCAAGUGUUUUUUAUUCAUCAAGAUAAGGAUUUAUAUGAUGAAGAAACAGAUUUUCAACUGCAGUGUCGAGCUCUGAACAUCACUGAAGAUUUAGGGCAGAUCCAGUACAUAUUUUCAGACAAGACUGGGACUCUAACUGAGAAUAAAAUGGUCUUCCGAAGGUGCACCGUUUCCGGCAUAGAAUAUUCCCAUGAUGCUAAUGCAAAACGCAUAGCUAUGUACCAGGAAGCUGAGUCUGAGGAUGAAGAAACUGCACCUAAAGGAGGAAUGUUAUCCCAGCGGGACAGUAUUAGCAGUCAUCAGAGCAUUAAAGUUGUUCACAGGAACCAGAGCACAAAAUCACAUAGGCGUACAGGAAGCAGAGUGGAAGCCAAAAGAGCAAGCAUUCUCUCCAAACACACUGCUUUCAGUAGCCCAAUGGAAAAAGAUAUCACACCUGAUCCAAAUUUGCUGGCAAAAGUAAAUGAAUGUGCAGGCUACCUAGAGAUCAUGAGAAGCCAUGACCAUCCGUUAUCCCAGCUUUCCCCUGAACUUUCAGACAUCUUCGACUUUUUCAUAGCUUUGACUAUUUGCAAUACAGUGGUAGUUACAUCUCCGAAUCAGCCACGACAAAAGGUAGGUUAGAAUCAGAUAUGAGCUGAAAUCUCCAGUAAAGACCAUAGAGGACUUCAUCCGAAGGCUGACGCCCAGCCGCCUGACCUCCGGCUCUAACAACA